UUGAGUUGCGUCCUCUGCUUCACACCCGAUUUCCGACCAUUCUUUCCAUAUUAUUAAGUAUUCCUGUAAUAUUAAUAGUCAUGAAUGCGUUCUAUUAGGAAUCCAAGAGGGAGACGAAGAAGCGGCUAUUUUGCUAAUAUGAGCUCAAGCGAGGGGACGGCAGCAGUUUGAUAGAAGCCAGGAGAGCCAGGAGAAAAGAGGGUUUAUCCAGAGAAACUUUUCGACCCAAAUCCACCAGCACCGCCGAAUAUCAGCAUUUUUAGACCCAGAUGAAGGGCAGCGGGGAUCUAACCGUUUCUUUCUGAUGGAUUAUCGUCCUGCUACUGUGGCACAUAUCUGAUCGCCGGGGCCAUCGUGAUCUUGCAGGAGAGAAGUCUUUUCGGAGGCAAAAUAUUUUUUUGUUUUGCUGGCUAUUCCCUUCGCCCACCCCUCCCCAAAACACUCAUAGUGUUUUUGAACUGUUUAUUCUUUCGUUGAGUCGCACUAAAAUCCUUUCAGAUGUUAGUGCACAGUUUUUCCGCGAUGGAUCGUCACGACGGCACCAGCAAUGGGACAGCCAGGCUACCUCAGCUGGGCAGCGUGGGCCAGAGUCCUUACACGAGCGCCCCUCCGCUCUCCCACACACCGAACUCGGACUUCCAGCCCCCGUACUUCCCCCCACCAUACCAGCCCAUCUACCCGCAGUCUCAGGACCCUUACUCGCACGUCAACGACCCGUACUCCCUCAACUCCCUGCACGCCCAGCCGCAACCGCAGCACCCGGGCUGGCCGGGCCAGAGGCAGGGUCAGGAGAGCGGCCUGCUGCACCAGCACCGCAGUCUGCCUCACCAGCUGUGCCGGGAGUACCGCAGGGAAGUGCUCCUACCGUCCGGCCACGGCAUCGAAACGGGACUGUCGGACUCUAUCCCUAUCCAUGGAAUACCUCACUCUUUAGAAGACGUUCAGCCUGUUGAGGAUCAAGGAAUUCACAUUCCCGACCAGACUGUAAUUAAAAAAGGUCCAGUGUCUUUAUCCAAGAACAACAAUGUUUCCGCCAUCCCCGUAAAUAAAGACGGUCUUUUCGGAGGAGUGGUAAACCCCAAUGAGGUGUUCUGCUCAGUUCCGGGUCGCCUUUCUCUCCUCAGCUCCACAUCAAAGUACAAAGUUACGGUGGCUGAGGUGCAGAGACGCCUCUCGCCGCCAGAAUGCCUCAACGCCUCUCUGCUGGGCGGGGUGCUGAGGAGGGCCAAGUCUAAGAACGGAGGAAGAUCCUUAAGGGAGAAGCUGGAUAAAAUCGGCUUGAAUCUACCUGCGGGCAGACGUAAGGCAGCCAACGUCACCUUGCUGACGUCACUAGUCGAGGGCGAAGCGGUACAUCUUGCCAGGGAUUUUGGUUAUGUAUGCGAGACUGAGUUUCCAGCCAAGGCAGUAGCUGAAUAUGUAAACCGUCAGCAUUCCGACCCAAACGAACAAGUCCAAAGAAAAAACAUGCUAUUGGCCACGAAGCAAGUCUGUAAAGAGUUCACAGACCUGCUGUCCCAGGACCGCUCGCCGCUGGGAAACUCACGGCCGCAGCCCAUUCUUGAACCGGGAAUCCAGAGCUGCUUGACCCACUUCAGUCUAAUCUCGCACGGUUUUGGGACCCCGGCACUGUGCGCGGCCAUCACGGCUCUGCAGAACUAUCUUACCGAGGCUAUCAAAGCCAUGGACAAAAUGUACCUCAACAACAACCCUAACAGUCACUCAGAUAACGGCACUAAAGGCGGAGACAAAGACGAGAAACACAGAAAGUGAUGUUUCCAUCCCGCCUUCAGUGAGGGCCACAUCCCAGCGCCCUUCUUCUACACCGACCCACACCCCUGCGACUCGCCCCGGCCCCACUCAUCCAAUAUAAAUAUUAUAAAUACCUUAUAAAUACUAUUGAUAAAGUUAAUCGUGUCACUUCCUGAUCUUGCGUGGUUUUACAUGUUUUUGUUUUUACAUCCCACUUUGGAUUCAUGAGGAAAUGACGCAAGUAUUUUCUUCUUCCAACACCUGAACCACAUGAAAUGUUAUUUAAAAAAGAGAAAAGAAAAGAAAAAGGUUGCAGAGGAACAGCUCCAGGGCGAGGAGGAAAAGGUGUACUGCCUCAGCCAGAGGACUUUUUAUGUACUCCCCCUUUUUAUGAGCUGCAACGAAUGGACUGAAAUCCAGCGACCCCUCUAUAUCUCAAUUUUACGAUUGUGACAAAAACGAAGCGAAAAGAGGAUGAAUUCUUAUCAGUAUUGUGAAUAAUAAACUUGAAAACAAAGAGAAAUUCCACAGAGCUCCCUGUCAUGACUUCAGUUGUAGACUCUCACUCUCUCUCCAAGCGACCAACUUGAACUUUUUGAAUUUCAACACGAUUCACGGUUAUAUAAGGGAAUCAGUGUUCAUGUAUGUAUAUAUUUAUUUAUGUGUAAUUUAAUGGGAAUUGUAAAUAUGGUGCGUCUGUUGAAACUUCUUUUUUUAUUUAUCUGGUGCCUCCUGUUUUAGUGGGUUUGAAUAUUCGGUUAGUUCUUCAUGUGAUUUUAUGGUUUUUAGAAAACAGAAGUUUGGGGUAUUUUUAUUUCUCUGGGAUAUUUCAAUUCAGCCCUCUUGUAGCAUGUUGAGGCGACAUUGAAGCAAGUGAACAAAUUUAAUAGAAAUAAACUUCCAUUUCUCUCUCUAUAUAUCAUAUUUUUCAGUUUUUAAUUUGAGACAGAGCAUAAGUGAGACCCGGAGGAGAACUGUUUUUUGUGUGUUUCUAUUUUCUUUUUUAUACAAGCUUUUAUGUGUUGUGCCAAUCAGAAUACGUUUCACCCCUUGUUCUCUCCUUGAAGCACCAUAAAAGCAAUAAAUGGAAUAUUGUCUUUUUUUAAAUGUUGGAAGACAUUCAAAAAACAUUUUUGGGACCACCUGAUAUGUUGUAAUGUCCGAUAAUGUCCAAAAUUGGAGGCGGUUUUAGCUGUAUUGUAUAGACAUGUGCUGGCAAUAGUUCCCAUGCCUGUCAAUGUAUUAUAGUCCUUUG